AUGGGCGACGCUGGUGCUGCUCCCCUUCCAUCUCCCUUCAAGACCUGGCACAAUGAUACUUAUCCGGCCAUUGACCCUUCACGCCCUGAGCUUUCGCUCAGUGGGAAGACGGCAAUCGUGACUGGAGGCGCUGGUGCAAUCGGCUCUGCGCUCGUCAAUGCCUUCGCAAAGGCAGGUGUCAGUCUCAUUGGCAUCGUGGGACGUACACAGAAGACCUUGGACGCCACCAAGGCCAAAUUCGAGUCUCAGUAUCCAAAUACAAAGUUCCUCGCCGUGACAGCAGAUACGGCUUCUCUCUCAAGCGUCGAAGCUGCAUUCAGAUCUAUACAACAGCAGGCCAACAAGCCGGUCGACAUUCUUGUCCACAAUGCCGGCCAUCUCGCCGAACCCGCGACAAUCAUGUCCUCGGAUCCCAAGGAGUGGUGGACGUCUUUCGAAGUGAACAUCCUAGGGGCUUUCCACUCGGUGCGAGCCUUCAUCCCUGUGGGAUCUCCUACAGCGACCAUCGUCAACAUCUCGACGGGGGCGGUCCAUGCCCCAACAGACUUUGUAGCCAAUUUGUCAGCGUACGCGGCCUCCAAAAUAGGUGCUCUCAAAGUCUUCGAGUUCGUCCAGGCCGAGAACCCGGACUUGCACGUUGUCAAUAUUCAGCCGGGCGUCAUUUCGAGCGAUAUCAAUCGCAAGCAUGGGGCCAUGCCACCAAUGGAUACGCCGGACUUGCCAGCUUCAUUCUCAGUCUGGGCAUGCAGCCCCGAAGCCAAGUUCCUGAAGAACAAGUUUGUCUGGGCGAACUGGGACACGGACGAAAUGAAGGCCAAAGCUGACGAAAUCGCAAAUUCGCCCGCUUUCACGAUCGGUCUGAAUGGGUGGCCCGUGUUGGCUUGA